AUGUUUGCUGCUUCUGCUCGAAGCCGUCUCACCACCUUGUCAAGGCCCCGGCUCCCUCCGACACAACUGCUUGCCCGCUCGACACCCGCUAUGGCUCGAAAGGCAUCUUCAGUCCCUGAGGGAUACAAAGAGGACAUCUCCAAGGGCAAGAUGCUCCGUUUUGAGGACUCCCUGCCCCACCUCCCCGUCCCAUCCCUGGAGGAGACCGGCCGCCGCUACUUGAAGUCGGUUCACCCCCUGGUCUCCGCGGCGGAGUACGAGCGCACCAAGAAUGCAGUCGAGGACUUCAUUCGCCCCGGCGGUGAAGGUGAGCCUUUGCAGAAGCGUCUGGUCGAACGCGCUGCCAACCCCAAAGUCAAGAACUGGAUCGCCGAGUGGUGGAACCAGGCUGCUUACCUGGGCUACCGGGACCCCGUCAUUCCCUAUGUUUCCUACUUCUACUCAUACAAGGAUGACCGUGAGCGUCGUGACCCAGCCAAGCGUGCUGCUGCCAUCACCACCGCCGCACUUGAGUUCAAGGUGCAAGUCGACAAUGGCUCUCUCGAGCCCGAGUACAUGCGCGGUCAGCCAAUGGCCAUGAGCUCCUACGAGUACAUGUUCAACUGCUGCCGUGUUCCUGCUGAUGGCGAGGAUUUCCCUCGCAAGUACACUGCAGCGGAGAACCAGCACAUCGUGGUCGCCCGCAAGAACCAGUUCUUCAAGGUCCCUCUCGUCAUUGACGGUCAAACCUUGAAUGUCUCCGAGCUGGAGCAGCAGUUCCAGCGCAUCAUUGAGACUGCCCAGCCAGCCCCGCCGGUCGGUGUGCUGACUGUGGCUGACCGUGACCACUGGACCGCCGCCCGCAAGACCCUCGUUGCAGCUGACCCUGCCAACGAGCAGGCUCUGAAGGACAUCGAGUCUGCAGGCUUCGUGAUUUGCUUGGAUGACGCCAAGCCCGUUACCCUUGAGGAGCGCGCGCACCAGUACUGGCACGGCGACGGCGCCAAUCGCUGGUUCGACAAGCCCCUCCAGUUCAUUGUCAAUGAUAACGGUACUGCCGGAUUCAUGGGCGAGCACAGCAUGAUGGACGGCACCCCCACCCACCGUCUGAACGACCACGUCAACAACCUCAUCUUCAACAAGCGCAUCGAUCUCUCUGCCAAGUCUGUGCGCUCCCAGCUUCCCGACCCUAAGCCCAUAACCUUCCACCUGAACGAUGCCGCCAACGAGGCCAUCGAUGUCGCAGCCCAAUACCACCGCAAGCAGAUCGCCUCCCACGAGCUGGUCGUCCAAGCCUACCAGGGCUACGGCAAGGGUCUGAUUAAGAAAUUCAAGUGCAGCCCCGAUGCCUACGUCCAGAUGGUCAUCCAACUCGCCUACUACAAGAUGUACGGCAAGAACCGUCCCACCUACGAGUCUGCUUCAACCCGCAAGUUCCAGGAGGGCCGUACCGAAACCACCCGCACAGUCUCCGACGAGAGUGUCGCUUUCUGCAAGUCUUUCCACGACCACACCAUUCCCCGCGAAGAGGUCGUUAAGCUCUUCCGUGCUGCUCUCUCUCAACACACCAAGUACACUCUCGAGGCUUCCGAUGGCCGCGGUGUCGACCGUCACUUGUUCGGUCUGAAGAAGCUCCUCCAGCCCGGUGAGAAGCUUCCUGCUCUCUACGAGGAUCCCGCUUUCGCCUACUCCGGCUCCUGGUACAUCUCCUCUUCCCAGCUGAGCUCGGAGUACUUCAACGGAUACGGAUGGAGCCAGGUUAUCGAUGAUGGCUUCGGUAUUGCGUACAUGAUCAAUGAAAACAGCCUUAACUUCAACAUUGUCUGCAAGCGUCUUGGCGCUCACCGCAUGAGCUACUUCCUGAGUGAGGCUGCUUCUGAAUUGCGUGACGUCCUUAUGCCUGACCUUGCUGCCCAGAGCGAGAAGGCUAAGCUGUAG